AUGGCGAUUAAAGAAGAUGUGGAGGAUGGCACGCAGAAAGGAAUCAGAGAGCCACUUGUGGGGAAUCAGAACCUUGCCCAUGCAAGCAAAGGGCAUUCAUGGAUGGUUUACUUUAGUACAUUUGUUGCAGUGUGUGGAUCUUAUGAAUUCGGGACUUGUAUUGGAUAUUCAUCUCCCACUCAAGAUGCUGUCAGGAAGGAUCUCAGUCUGUCUUUGGCAGAGUACUCCUUGUUUGGCUCCAUCUUGACUUUUGGUGCGAUGGUUGGCGCAAUAACGAGUGGGCCUAUUGCUGAUUUUAUUGGACGUAAAGGGGCAAUGAGAGUGUCAAGUGCUUUCUGUGUUGCAGGGUGGCUCAUAAUUUACUUUGCUGAGGGCCCAGUGUCUUUGGACAUUGGGAGGCUAGCAACAGGAUAUGGAAUGGGAGUUUUUUCAUAUGUGGCUCCUGUCUUUGUAGCAGAAAUUGCACCACAAGAACUCCGUGGGACUCUGACUACCUUAAAUCAGUUCAUGAUUGUUUCUGCUGUCUCGGUGUCAUUCAUAAUUGGAAAUGUACUUUCAUGGAGGACUUUAGCUUUAACCGGUCUGUCUGACAUUGAAGAGAGAUAUGAUCUAAGUAGUGCUUGUAAGGCUUUGAUAGUCUCCACCUUACAAGCUAGCAUUGUGGCAUUGAGCCUCAUUCCCAUUGCUGUAUUGCUUUUGGGUCUGUUUAUCAUUCCGGAGUCUCCUAGAUGGCUGGUAAGAAAUUAUUCUACAUAUGCAUGUUUUCAUAAGAAGGCAAUAUGCAGUGGUUUGCAUAACAUGAAGAGUACUAACAAACAAUUAUGGCAGGCAAAGAGAGGACGUCGAAAAGAUUUUGAGACAGCACUGCAAAUACUUCGUGGAAAAGAUACUGAUAUUUCUGAGGAGGCAGCGGAAAUUCAGAUUGGAAUAGGUCUUAUGGUCUGCCAGCAGCUUGGGGGGAUCAAUGGUAUUUGCUUUUAUGUCAGCAGUACUUUUGAGCUUGCAGGAUUUUCUGCCACCAUCGGGACUAUAACAUAUGCUUGCCUUCAGAUUGUGGUCACAGGUCUUGGAGCAGCCUUCAUAGAUAAAGCUGGCAGGAAGCCCCUACUUCUAUUAUCCGCAUCAGGAAUGGUCGCAGGAUCAUUAUUUGCAGCAGUUGCAUUCUAUCUCAAGGUUCACGACGUGGGUGUUGCGGCUGUUCCAGCACUUGCGGUAACAGGCGUACUGGUCUACAUAGGAUCAUUUUCAAUAGGAAUGGGAGCUGUUCCAUGGGUUUUGAUGUCUGAGAUAUUUCCUGUGAAUAUUAAAGGUCUGGCAGGAAGUGUGGCCACAUUAACGAACUGGUUUGGUGCAUGGUUAUGCUCCUAUACUUUCAACUUCCUCAUGAGCUGGAGCUCCUAUGGUACCUUCAUUCUUUAUGCGGCAAUUAAUGCACUGGCUAUAUUAUUUAUAAUUGUUAUGGUGCCGGAAACGAAGGGUAAAAGCUUGGAACAAUUACAAGCAGCCAUUAAUUCAUAA